AAUGUAAGAUACCGGCCAACCGCGCUCCAGCUCGCACAAAGGCUCUGAUAUAACUCAAGAGCUGAACUCCGUCCGAUCGCACAAAAAGCCGGCAGCCGUUGAGCUAUCUUCCAUUACGCCAUUGUGCCGUUGAAUCUUGAAAACUACUUUAUUUGUUAACAUACGCUUCAACAAUGACUACUAAACCAGCUUACAAAGUCGCUGAUAUUUCCCUUGCCGAAUGGGGAAGGAAGGAAAUAACAUUGGCCGAAAAUGAAAUGCCAGGUUUAAUGGCUAUACGCAAGAAGUAUGGUCCAGAAAAAAUUUUAAAAGGUGCUCGCAUUGCUGGUUGCCUCCACAUGACAGUGCAAACUGCUGUACUCAUCGAAACACUGAUUGAGCUUGGUGCUGAGGUACAAUGGUCUUCCUGUAACAUAUUUAGUACCCAAGACCAUGCUGCUGCAGCAAUGGCCAAAGUUGGAGUACCAGUAUAUGCUUGGAAGGGAGAAACUGAUGAAGAGUAUCUCUGGUGCAUUGAGCAAACAUUAGUUUUCAAUGAUGGAAAACCAUUUAAUAUGAUUCUGGAUGAUGGAGGUGAUCUAACUAAUCUUGUUCACACAAAGUAUCCGCAAUAUCUGAAAGAGUGCAAAGGCAUUUCUGAAGAGACCACCACUGGUGUGCAUAAUGCCUAUCGCAUGUUCAGAGAAGGCAAACUUAAAGUUCCUGUCAUAAACGUAAAUGACUCAGUGACAAAGAGCAAAUUUGACAAUCUGUACGGAUGUCGUGAGUCAUUGAUUGAUGGCAUUAAGAGAGCCACAGAUGUCAUGAUUGCUGGUAAAGUUUGCGUGGUAGCUGGUUAUGGUGAUGUAGGAAAAGGAUCUGCUCAAAGUUUGAGAGCAUUGGGUGGUCGUGUUUUAAUUACUGAGAUUGAUCCUAUUAUUGCUCUGCAAGCUGCCAUGGAAGGCUAUGAGGUAACAACUAUGGAUGAAGCUUCCAAAAAAGGACAAAUAUAUGUCACAACAACCGGAUGCAAGGACAUCAUUACAGGAGAACACUUUUUAAAUAUGCCAAAUGAUGCUAUAGUCUGCAAUAUUGGUCAUUUCGACUGUGAAAUUCAGGUGGCUUGGUUGGAUAAGAAUGCAGUUGAAAAAAUAAACAUCAAACCACAAGUAGAUCGUUACAAAUUAGCUAAUGGAAGACACGUCAUUCUUCUGGCGGAAGGCCGAUUGGUAAAUCUAGGCUGUGCAACAGGACAUUCAAGUUUUGUUAUGAGCAAUUCCUUUACAAACCAAACACUCGCUCAAAUCGAGUUGUGGACUAAAUCAGAAGCUUAUUCUGUGGGUGUUCACAUGCUACCCAAAAAGCUGGAUGAAGAAGUAGCUGCUUUACAUCUUGAUCAUUUGGGUGUUAAACUGACAAAACUGAGUCCAAGUCAAGCUAAAUACUUGGAUAUUCCUGUUGAGGGACCAUUCAAGCCAGAUCAUUACAGAUAUUAAAAUGAAAAAAGCUUUAAUUUUUUAAUUGUACCUAGACUUUUUUACUGUAUAUAAAGUGUACACAACAUUGCUGUCAAAAAAAUCAAUUAAAAAUGUUUUCUAUCGUCA